ACCAUGGAGGAGGUGGGGCCCAAGGACCAGCAGCUCAUGGUGGCGCUUCGGAUCCGCCCGCUCAGUGACACAGAACUGGAGGAGGGAGCCACCGUCAUUGCCCACAGAGUGGGCGGUCAGACGGUGGUGCUCAUGGACCCCAGCGAGGACCCCGAGGACACACUGCGCACACACCGGUCCCGGGAGAAGACCUUCACGUUUGACACAGUUUUCGACCAGCAUGCAUCACAGGAAGACGUGUACCGUGCCACCACCCAGCAGCUCGUGGCGGGCGUCAUCUCUGGAUACAACGCCACGGUGUUUGCCUACGGCCCCUCAGGUACAGGGAAGACCUACACCAUGCUGGGCAUGGACACAGAGCCCGGCAUCUACCUGCAGACCCUCACGGACCUCUUCCGGGCCAUCGAGGACACCCGCGACCACAUGGACUGCCGCGUGUCCAUGUCUUACCUCGAGAUUUAUAACGAAGUGAUCCGGGACCUCCUGAACCCGUCCUCGGGGCUUCUGGACCUGCGGGAAGACGCCAGGGGCAGCAUCCAGAUUGCGGGCGUGACGGAGGUCUGCACCUCAAAUGCCCAGGAGAUCAUGCAGCUCCUCGGCAGGGGUAACCGGCAACGCACGCAGGAGCCCACGGCCUCCAACAGGGCGUCUUCCCGCUCCCACGCGGUGCUCCAGGUCACCGUGCUCCAGCAGAGCCGCGGUGCAGACUCGGCGGAGGGCGUGCGCGUCGGAAGGCUGUUCAUGGUGGACCUGGCGGGCUCGGAGCGGGCGUCCCAGACCCAGAACCGCGGCAAACGGAUGCAGGAGGGCGCACACAUCAACCGCUCACUGCUGGCGCUGGGCAACUGCAUCAACGCGCUCAGCGAGAAGGGUGGCAGCCGCUCGCACUACGUGAACUUCAGGGACAGCAAGCUCACGCGCCUGCUGAAGGAUGCCCUGGGCGGGAACAGCUGGACGGUGAUGAUUGCCCACAUCAGCCCGGCCAGCACGUCCUUCGAGGAGUCGAGGACCACCCUGCUGUAUGCGGACAGAGCCAAGAACAUCAAGACCAGGGUCAAACGCAACCUGCUGAACGUGUCCUGCCCCAUGGACCAGUACACGGACGUCAUAGCCGACCUGCGCGGGCAGAUCGAGCACCUCAGGUCCAGAAUCGACAGGCAGGACCGGACGGGAAGCGAACCCGGCCUGCGGGAUCCCCCAGUCACGAUGCCCGCCGCGGGCACAGAGGAGGACAGCCACCUGCGGAUGGACAGGCUCCGUGCCCAGCUGGUGGGGACCUUCCAGGAGCAGCAGGAGGCAGGCCGCGGCCUGGUGGCGCUGGAGCACACCAGCGUGGAGCUGCACGUCGACAUGUCCCGCCUCCUGCUGGCCAUCGCCCACUGGGAGCAGGAGACCCACCACCGCGGCCAGGACAGGACGCCCGAGAGGGACACGCGGCAGGCGGUGGCCGACGCAGACGGGGACGAGGGCGAGUCCGCAGAGCCACGUGAGGUGGCCCUGGCCAGAGAGGAGGUCAACAUGCUGCUGGCCAAGCAGCGGAAAACGGCGACCCUCAAGGCGGGGCUGCAGCAGCGCCUGGCCAGCGCCGGGAGGAAGGCCUCGCAGCUGGAGAAGCUGCUGCACACACAGGCCAUCAGCGAGGACCAGAGGGAGGUGCUGCGGCUGCUGCGCCGGGCCCACGAGCUGGAGCUGGAGAACGCGGCGCUGCAGGCCAGCCACCUGCGCAGGGACGGCCUGCUCUGCCAGCAAGACCUGGUCCUCCAGCGCUGCCACCAGCACCGGCUGCUGUGUGAGCAGAUCGUCCGGGAGCAGCAGCAGCUCAUGCAGGACGGUGGCGUCCAGGUGCCCGCGGAGCUGGGCGAGCACCACAGUCUGUUCUCCCGGGAGCUGGGCGAGGGCUCGCUGGACCACCUGUGGCUGCUGCGCUCCGUGACGGCCAGCUCCCUGCGGGACGGCUCUGCUGUGAACACACCUCUGCGGCCGGAGGAGCCCAGGGGAGACCAGCCGGACGACAGGAAGGACCGCCCGUGGGGUGCCCGGUUGGAGCUGCCUCCAGUGCAGCCGGAGACGGACAGCCUGGAGCCGGGCCCCCCGAGGACGGUGGCGGGGGACCUCGAGGACAUGGCCGCAAGCACCAGGGGCAUCGCGCUCAUCGCGGCCACCCGGCGCUCCAAGGUGCAGGACCCCGGGGGCGGCAGCAGCCGCUCCUUCCUCCACCUUCCGGAGGAGCUGGCCCUGGACUCCAGGGACCCGAGCCCGGCGGACAGCAGGUGGCCCCGUGCCAGCCCCGGCAGGGACUGCUCUGUGGAGGGAAAGGCCAGGAGGAAGCGGUCCCCUUGCUGCACCUGCGCGCAGCUGGGUCUACAGCCAGUGGGGGCCGACGCCACAGCCCGCUGCCCCCCGGCAACCCUCACAGACACCACGGUGGCAGCGCCAAGGGGCCAAGAAGACCAAAGUCCCCGAGCGCGGCGCCCAGCCUCCAUGACGCGCAAGUGA